UUUGUUGAAGAUGUUACACAAUUGACUGUCAAUAAUGUCAAUGUCGAAUUUACAAUCUUGCUAACCUCGAAAUAAGGAUGGGAAAACACAAGGAAAAGUCAAAGAAGCACAAACACGACAAAAAGCACAAAGAAAAGAAAAAGCACAGGUCUCGUAAAUCCAGCUCCAGCUCAUCUUCAUCAUUUGAUGAAUGGGUCGAAAAGGGCGAUUAUUCGUCGCCAGACGAAAGUAACAAGGGUCAAGAAAAACAAAAAGAACCAGUAAAAAUUAACACACCGUCUGAAAAAAGGGAUGAAUGGAUGUCUUUAUCCACGUCUUUUGCAACAGAAUCAAAUAUUGACAGAAGGAAGAACCGGGAAGAAAAUAAAAGGUUAGAACGGGAACGUGAGCAGUAUAAUCCAAGAAAACACACCAGAGAGCUAAAUCCUUACUGGAAGGAUGGCGGAGAUGGUUUACCCAAGUUUAAAAAACCUUCUGAAGAUGAAGUUCAUGAAGAGAAGUAUAAGUCUUUCAACAGACCUAAAUCAUCUUCCAACUGGAAAAAGAAGACAAAUCCAGUUGUGGAAAAAGAAACAUCUCCACAAUCACAAGAAACAACUGAAGUUUUAUCUGAUAAAAAGCUGAAUGUUCUUGCUUCAAAAUUAGUAAAAGCUGAACUCAUGGGUAAGACAGAACUGGCUAAAGAAUUGAAAAAGAAGCUUGAAAAUGCUAGGAACCAACGUGAAAAUCCGACUACACAUGGAGAGGAUGUUAUAUUAACACAGACAGAUUCUCAAGGACAUGCAAGACCAGUUAAACUCCAGUCUGACUAUGGAGAAUAUUCAGGUGGUCACAAGAAGAAAAGGAAAGUGGAAACGCAUCAAGAUGGUCAAAGAGUACGAUACUUUCCAGAUGAUGAUAAACACUCUCUCCAACAAAUGUUUGAAAAUGAGAAAUAUAACACAGUUGAAGAUCAGAAUAAAGAAUUCAUUAAAAUGGCUGGAAAAAUACGGAAAAAUGACGACAUGGAAGAUAUUUUUGCAGACAAUAUUAGAAAGAAAGAGUCUGAUAGUAAAACAGACCAAAAACAAAUAAACAGGGCCAUUAAUGAACACCAAAAGGUUGCUCAGACUAUAGAUAGUUGUAAAUUAUGUUUACAGUCAAACACAAUGCCCAAACAUCUUAUGGUGUCAUUAGGAGAGACGGCGUUCUUAAGUUUGCCAACAUGCGAGCCUGUAACCCAAGGUCAUUGUUUAAUUACGCCGAUUCGUCACGUGACGUGUUCGACAUUACUGGAUGAGAACGAAUGGGAAGAUAUAAUGAAUUUUCGGAGGGCUCUCACAAAAAUGUGCGCCUCAAAAAACGAAGAUAUUAUAUUUUUUGAAACUGCGAAAAAUUUAAACCGGUAUCCACACAUGUAUAUUGAAUGUAUCUCAGUUGAUAAGGAGGAGGGAGAUAUGGCGCCUAUAUAUUUUAAAAAAGCUAUAGACGAGUGUGAAGUUGAGUGGGCACAAAACAAAAAAUUGGUAUCUUUGAAAGGACGAGAUGUCCGCAGGGCUAUCCCUAAAGGGUUAUCAUAUUUCUUUGUUUCUUUUGGAAUGGAAGAAGGGUUCGCCCACGUGAUUGAAGACGAAAAAUUUUUUCCACAGAACUUUGCGCAAGAAAUUAUUGGUGGGAUGUUAGAUUUGCACCAUAGUAAAUGGAGAAAACCCAAACAACAGUCGUUUGAGGAACAGAGUAGGAGAGUGUUGGAAUUUUCCAAGGAUUGGAGCGAUUUUGACUGUACAAAGACGUAACUGUUAUUUAAAUCUAAAUUUUAAUAUAAAAAAAAAAUAAGAAAAAUUAAACUAUCAUUUCUAAUUCCUUGGCAUACUCAAUUGCUUGUUCUGCCAA